UUAUCUCUAAUUGUUUUCAGAUGAAUGUAAUAACCGUUGUCUCAAUGGAGCGAGCUGUGAGCAAGGCGUUUGCGAAUGUCUAGCAGGAUUUGAUGGCGAUAUGUGUCAAGAUAAGCUUACAUCUGUUGAGUGUGGAAGUACUUCAAUGACGGUCAACGUAGAUGCACGGCUAGUCCGAGGGGACGCAUCUGGUGUUCAUUUUCAUAACCGAUCCUGCAACGGCGUAAUCAACGCUACCACUGAUAUCAUCACUCUCACUACAGACUACAAUGAAUGUGGCACCAUCUUAGAGGAGGAUAACACAACUGUUACCUUUUCUAACGUUAUUACGUACGCCAAGCCUGGUUCGGAAGAUGGUACGGUAAUCACCCGUAAAUAUCACAUGCAGGUUCGGGUUGAAUGUUGCCUCAAGAAAGAGGAAGUCAUCAGUGGGUCCUUCAGACCACAGCUUGGUGAGGUGUCCUUUAGUGACAAGGGCUCUGGUGACUUCAGUAUGAGACUCGAAAGGUUCCAGACAAAUGCUUUUGAUAGAAGUGAAUCCGAAACCACCUCCGUUGUCGGGAAAGGAGAUGACCUCUACUUUGGUGUGUAUCUUGAGUCGGUACCAGGCGUUGGUAUGUUUAUCGACAGCUGCUGGGCGACAACCACUCAAGACUCAGACAAAGAGCCACAUUACUCUCUAAUUUCUUCAGGGUGUUAUUCGGUAACUGGUUUACUGCUGGGUAAUGAUACUUUGAAGGCCCUCAGGAAAAUUGGCAUUGAUGCUGAUGAGGCUUCUUGCCUUACUUCGUUCUGUCGGGUGUUCAAGUCGGGUUCCACAAUCUUUCUUAAAAAGUAA